AUGGACUCGCCGAUGCGCCGCCCGUCCACCUCGCGCGAGCGCGACCCGCUCCUCGACGGCGACGACGACCACUCCAAGUCCGAGCCGGCCAAGCGCGCCUGCCUCGCGUGCAGGACCGUCAAGAUGCGCUGCCUCCCGCAAGAGCCGGCGGGCCACAAGUGUGCUCGGUGCGAGCGGCUCCACCAAGAGUGCGUGUGGGCCGCGCCACAGAAGCGUGGCCGCAAGCCAAAGGGCCACAAGUUGCCCGACCCUCCCCUCCCCCUUCCCUCGUCGUCGGCAUCCGCAUCCGCCUCGUCGUCCGCCUUUCACUCGCCUGCCGCCCUCUACUACGCCGCACAAGCAGCGCAGAACCCUCUCGACCUCCUCGCCGCGUCCGCCCUCCCGAACCCGCCCGCCCACUUCACCUCGACCGCACCGACCCUCCCUCCCUUCCCUCCUCCACCAACUUUCCCUCCCUUUCCUCACCCUCACCCUCAGACGCUCUCGGCAUCGACAUCGGCGCACCACUCGCCGAGCACGCUGAGCGAGGUCAGCCCGGCCGCCAACCUGUCGCUCGUCGACGUCGCGCGCGCCAAGGAGGAGGCCCUGUCGAAGCUCAGCGCCGGUGCGCCGACGACCGUCAAGGCCGGCGAGCGCGCAAAGGCGGCGAGCGCAAUGUCGCAGGACGUCGUGCCGGACGUCGUCGACCUGGGCAUCCUCACGCUCGCCGAGGCCGAGUCGCUCUUCGCCUUCUUCUUCGGCGAGCUCAACCGGUACAUCAUCCUGUUCGACAAGUACCUGCACACCCUCGCCUUUGUCCGGUCGACGUCGACGGUCCUGUUCGCGGCGCUCCUCGCCGUCUCGGCCAAGUUUGCGCGGCCCGACCUGUAUCCGCCCCUCCUGGCCAACGCCCAGCAGCUCAUCGGCCGCGGCAUCGUCGAGGCGAGGGCGAGCGUCGGCCUCAUCCAGGCCAUCUUGACGUUGAUCUACUGGAAGCCGCCGACCGACAUGUCGGCGUGGCUGCGGGUCGGCGUGGCCAUCCGCAUGGCGCUGCAGCUCGACCUGAACGUCGGGCGCAACGGACCGCUCCCUGCCGACGAGCACGAAGCCCGAUUGAUCCUCGACAUCGAGCGCACCUGGCACGUCCUCAUCUGCUUCGACGGUACCUACCUGCUGCACAGCGGCGACGGCGAUGACGGCGUGCACCAGACCUACAUGAUCCCGCACUACAACAUCCACAUGGAGGCCUGGCUCGAGGAGACGAGGCCGUACGGCGUCACCGACGACCUCGAGCAGGGGGCCGCCUUCGAGUGGAUCAAGGUUCUUCGACUGUCCAAGGACAUCGCGCACGCUCGGCCGAUGCAGGCCCGAGCGCUCGCCUCGCACCUUCACGGCAUGCUCGACGCGACGUACCGCCGUUACCUCGACCCUACUUCACCGCACACGCUCCACACGAACCGGCGCUCGGCGCUCAAGGUCACCUUCUUUAUCGCCGCCGCCAACCUCGCGCUCCGGCGUGCUACACUCGUCUCGACGGGUACGAUGGGUGUCACCCUCGCCCACUUUAUGGUUGCGGCGUGCGAGCUCGUCGACGCGUUCGAGGAGGUCGUCAAGGAGGGCAUGGUGCGCUACUGGCAGGACAACCUCGCGGUCACGAUGUUCGGCCUGGGCGAGUUCCUCGUCAAGAUCUUCCAUCGCGUCUACCCGAGCAACCAGACGCAGAUCCUGACGUGGAUGGAGCGCGUCUACCAAGCCUGCGAGCUCGCGACCGAGGGCAAGGAGGACUCGGUCGCCGCCUUCAUGUCGAGGUUCUUCAAGCUCGGCAUUCGCGUCCUGUGCUCGCCGCCGCCGCCGACUGCUCACGCCGACUCGGCGCCGUUCUCGUCCCUCGGCAGCCCGGCACCAGGCUUGACGGCGCCGCUGCAUCCGCCUGUCGUCCCGGCGCCCUCGACGUCGACUGCCCUCGCGCCGCCAAGGCUACUGCCUGUACCUCCAACGCCCGUCGCCCUUGGCGCCUCUUCUCCUCUUCCCGACGGCAGUUACACGUUCUCCGAGGCCAUGGGCGACGACCGACUCUUCUGGGAGAGCCUGUUUCCCGGGCAGGCGAGCGACUGGAGCUGGCUGGACCAGGCGCCGGGCGAGGAGAUGGUGGGCGUCCCGAUGCAGUGAAUUCGUUGCGUCUCGCAAGUGCAUGCGGCUCGAGAGGCGCGAGCGAGCGGACUUUCGGUCUCUCUUUGCUUGCAACGUGUGACGUCUGUUCAUGUC